UUUCUUCCCCAUCAACUUCAUUCUUCCGGUGUUAUGGCCGCUUGCAGCGUAAGAGACAACGAGUGUGAAAUGUUAUGAUUAUGGAAAUUUGUCGGUGAAACCGGUGAAUUAAGGAUGCUCGUGACUGUGCUGUUACGGUUUCCCGUCUGUCGGCCGUCAGUUCGGGCAGUGCUUCGCUCUCAGAGGCGUUAUAGCAAGAUACAGGCGUCCCCUGCUCUGUCUGAGCGUGUGCGGGUAUUUGAGUCUCUCAGAGAGAGACGGGGCCAGCCGAGGACAAGCGGCGCCACAGAACAGGCCCUCAGCGUCCGAUUGGCUGAUGGCAGGACGGUGAAGGGCACCACAGGAGUGACCACACCCUCACUCAUCGCCCAGAACGCACGUGUGAAAGGUGCUCUAGUGAGCAGGGUGAAUGGAGAGCUGUGGGAGCUGCUUCGCCCCCUGGAGGCUGACUGUGAACUACAGCUGCUGGGCUUCGACACCACAGAGGGCAAACAGGCGGUGUGGAGGACAGGAGCGUGUGUAGUGGGGGGGGUGUUAGAGGGGGUGUUUGGGGCAGAGGUGUGCAGAGAGGGCGUGUCAGAGUCUGGCCUCUACUGUGACCACCUCCUGGAGAACAGUGCCCUGUCCCUAGCUGAGCUGGAGGAGAGAUGCAAGGAGGCCGCUGGCCAGAAGCUUCCUCUCUCCAGACUGGAGCUGAACACACAGGAAGUUACAGAGCUCUUCCAGGACAGAGCUCUGAGACUCCAGUUGAUUGAAGAACAGAUGAGUGGUCCUACUGUCACAGUGUACAGGUGUGGCGACAGCAUAGGAGUCUGCAAUGGUCCUCUCCUCCCUCACACUGGUCUCCUCAAGGUCUUCAAGAUGCUGCAGGUGUCUCCCGUAACGUUGACCAAUCCUGUUGGCUCGUCAGGUGUGAUGCGUGUGAUGGGUGUGGCCUUCCCAGGAGAGAGGGAGAGGGAGGAGUGGGAGAGGGAACAGGAGGAGGCACGGAAGAGAGACCACAGACGCAUCGGCAAGGACCAGGAGCUGUUCUUCUUUAAUGACGUCAGUCCUGGAAGCUGCUUCUUCCUGCCUAAAGGAGCUCACAUCUACAACACACUCACUGACUUUAUCAAGACUGAGUACAGGAGGCGUGGCUUCAAUGAGGUCGUGACCCCUACUCUAUACAGCACUGCAUUGUGGGAGCGUUCGGGUCACUGGGAACACUACAGUGAAAACAUGUUCACUGUGACCGGUGACACACAGACCUACGCACUCAAACCCAUGAACUGCCCUGCACACUGUCUGAUGUUUGAGCAGCGUGUAAGGUCAUGGAGGGAGCUCCCGUUGCGUUGGGCCGAUUUCGGGGCUCUGCAUCGGAACGAACUGUCCGGCGCUCUGGGUGGUCUCACCCGGGUCCGCAGGUUCUGCCAGGACGACGCACACAUCUUCUGCACUCCUGAACAGUUGGAGGAGGAGAUCGUAGCGUGUUUGGAGUUUGUGAGGAGUGUUUAUCGAGUGUUUGGAUUCUCCUUCCACUGUCUCCUCUCCACCCGACCUACACCCUGCCUGGGGGAGCCUGCACUGUGGGACCACGCUGAGCAGCAGUUGGAGAGGAGUCUGCAGCAGUUUGGAGAGCGCUGGCAGCUCAACCCAGGAGAUGGAGCGUUCUACGGGCCAAAGAUUGACAUCCAGAUCAAGGACGCCAUUGGUCGACAGCACCAGUGUGCCACCAUCCAAUUGGACUUCCAGCUGCCAAUCAGAUUUGACCUUCAGUAUGUGGGGGGGGAUGGAGAGACCCACAGACCAGUGAUGGUCCACAGAGCUGUUCUGGGAUCACUGGAACGCAUGAUCGCUAUAUUGGCCGAGAAUUUUGGGGGGAAAUGGCCUCUGUGGUUGUCUCCAGCGCAGGUCAUGAUUAUUCCUGUAGGGGGAGGUAGUGAGUCGUAUGCGCAACAGGUGGUCAGACAGUUCCGCGAGGCCGGCUUCAUGGCUGACGUGGAUGAUGACCCAGGUGCCACCUUAAAUAAGAAGAUCCGCUCUGCACAGCUGGCCCAAUACAACUACAUAUUUGUGGUAGGAGAGAAGGAGUGUGUGAGUGGGACAGUAAGUGUGAGGACCAGAGGGGGGAAGCAGCUAGGGAGGAGACCGACAGAAGAGGUCCUGGCAUCACUCACACACCUACGAGACACACGGAGCAACCUGUAUGACUUCUAACACACACACACACACCUGUUGUGGAUGAAGAAUUGCUCACUGUACUUUUGUAAUAAAAUAUAAUAUCUUAAUUU